UUUGACGAGAGUUAAACAUCCUGUCAAAUCUGGCAACAACAAAGUGGGCGGAAACUUUUUACUUGAUUUAUCUGUUUUCAGACCAUUUCUCCUUUCAUUUCUCUAAGUAAUGCAUACCAAACACGACAUUAUGGCUAUUUUAAACUUGUAAUAUUUAUUUAUAACCUAAUGUAUACUUUUUUACUGUCGAAUUUGGUGCUUGCGACACAGAAAUCGACUUUUGCUGCUUGUUAGCUCAUGUAGCUUGUCAUGUUAGCAUACCGUCAGUUUUUGACAACAACAAAUAACGUCUGUCACGUUUAUAUCGAUUAUUUCAAAGACUGUGAACAACGCCCGAGACGGUAUUGAGGAAAUUUAAAGUCCAAGAUGUCUAUGAAGUGCGGGGACUCUGCGUUUACAGGCAGCUACGAUGUUGGUUCGUUUCCCAAAAGUUUUGGUUACGGGGCGGAGGAGGGAGACAUGGAGGAGAACUGUGCUCCUCCUGACAAACCCAGGAUUCUGCUGAUGGGACUCAGACGCAGCGGGAAGUCCUCUAUACAAAAGGUUGUUUUCCAUAAAAUGUCGCCCAACGAGACCUUGUUCCUGGAGAGCACCAACAAAAUCUACAAGGAUGACAUCUCCAGCAGCUCCUUCGUCAACUUCCAGAUCUGGGACUUUCCUGGACAGGUGGAUUUCUUCGACCCCACGUUUGACAGCGAGAUGAUCUUCAAGGGAACCGGAGCUCUGAUCUUUGUCAUUGACGCCCAGGACGACUACGUGGAGGCUCUCGGUCGGUUACACCUGACGGUGUCCAGAGCCUACAAAGUCAACCCCGACAUCAACUUUGAGGUUUUUAUCCAUAAAGUAGACGGACUGUCUGACGACCACAAAAUAGAAACGCAGAGAGACAUCCACCAGAGGGCGAACGAUGACCUGGCUGAUGCCAACCUGGAGAAGGUUCAUCUCAGCUUCUACCUGACCAGCAUCUACGACCACUCCAUAUUUGAGGCCUUCAGUAAAGUCGUCCAGAAGCUGAUUCCUCAGUUACCCACAUUGGAAAACCUUCUGAACAUUUUUAUAUCGCAUUCUGGGAUUGAGAAAGCCUUCCUGUUCGACGUGGUCAGUAAGAUCUACAUCGCCACCGACAGCUCACCCGUGGACAUGCAAUCGUACGAAAUCUGCUGCGACAUGAUUGACGUGGUCAUCGACGUCUCCUGCAUUUACGGACUGGUGGAGGACGGCAGCGGCUGUGCUUAUGACAAGGAGUCUCUGGCCAUCAUCAAACUCAACAACACGACAGUUCUGUAUCUGAAGGAGGUCACCAAGUUCCUGGCUCUGGUCUGCAUCCUCAGAGAGGAGAGCUUCGAGAGGAAAGGUCUGAUCGAGUACAACUUCCACUGCUUCAGAAAAGCCAUCCACGAGGUGUUUGAAGUCGGCAACUCAGUCCACAGCGCCCACUGGAGGUCGGCCGACUCGCCCAGCGGCAGCCUGAGUGGAUUAAAUUACGCCUCCCUGAACGGAAACAACAUUUAAAGAGGAGAAAAAAAGGAAAGAAAAAAGAAGAAAAGUGUUACACUUGAUGGUUUGGGUUUGAAUGAAGUGCAGCUGAGGUCAUGAUGUAAAGGCACUUGUUUUUGAGCCCUGCAGAUGUUGCCUCUGUGUGAACGGACUCAGGAAACAGCUGAAGAACUGGAGACAGAACAAAAUGAAAAACAAAAAACGAUGCAACAGUCUGGACCGACAAAUGAGCCCCUGAGAAGAAGAAGAAGAAAAAGAAGAAGAAAGAAAGAAAGAAUGAUCUUUUAUUCUGUGCACAGAACAGCAUGAAUUCAGUGAAACAGAUUAUUUAAUAUAUAUAUAUACAGUAUAUAUAUCUAUAUUUUUUAACAACAGCAUGUGUGGCUUCAACACUUUGCUGUCACGAUAAUGAAAGCUCAAAGUUGACACUACAACCACUACAUCUCUUUAGCUCUCCUCCGUAGCAUCUAACUGCUAACAUUUGACACUUUGUUUCUUUAGCUUCUUUUAACGACACUUCACGCUUCUGUUUGUUAUUGUUUUUAUGCUGUGAAUCCUGACUGUUACAAAUCAUUUAGAGUUUUAUUUUUAUUGUGUGCUAAAUACUUGAUCAAUAAAACAACAGUAUAUUUGGUAUUUAUUGAGUCCCUGCUGUGACCUUAAAUCCAGAAGGUUCUGGGGUCGUGAACCGAAGGAAUUGCAAAAAAUGUGAGUUAACUUCGUUAGAAAAUCCUAGUCUUGCUACAGUUUGUUUAUAUAUAAUCGAUAAAUUCCCCAUAUAAUAAUGAAAACAUUCACAAUAAACCGAAAAAGGUCAUUUGAUAUCCCGGUUUCGACAGUUUACUAUUAGUAGUGCAUUACUUCGAACAGUAGAGGGCAGCAUUUCAUCGUGUUACAUUUAGCGUAUCAAGGCGCGGUGAUGCUGGAACAGUAAAUCCAACUUUCUCAGUCUUUUUUAAUCAAAUCCUGCACAAAGAGCCAACAGGUUAUUACCAGCUCCUGUAAACAAAGUGAAAAUCACCACUUUGGACGUGAAAAUUCUUUAUUACAUCAUUCUCCUGUAGUCCACGGCCCACUGUAAUGGAUGAUGGCAGGACGGAGCCGCAACUGAAACCUCUAAUCGUCCCCAGAAGCUGCUGCUCCACCGCUGUGGAAAAUAGAGCUCAAUGAGCAGGAAAAUGAUCUCUCUGUCUGUCUUUUCUUCUUCUUUUUUACCUUCACUAUCCGGCAGUCUGCCUCCAACCACAGAGGGAGAAGAAGAGUUAAGACCAUUAGGAACAUUCAUGAGUUCUACACAGACAGAGAUAAACGACACCGUGGUUUCUGUUACAUCAGCAGCAGCAAAACCUCCAGCUGUGGCUCCACUGUAGCAGCAGCAGCAGUGACAACAGCAGCAUCAGAUCCAGCUGAGAUUCUCCUUCUCCAGAACCUUCUCCAGAACCUUCUCCAGAACCUUCUCCAGCUGCUAUAGAUAAAGCUCCACAGG